GAGUGCGUUGAGAGGAGGUGUGGAGUGGUGCCCUCUGCGACUUUAUUGUAUCUAGUGAGCUGUGUGUGGUUGUAUUGGUUUGUAAGUGUGCUGUGUAGAUGUGUAUGUAUGAGUGUGUGUAGGAGUGUGGUUGAUUACAAUUUACUUGUGUGUGAGUGUGUGUAUACUAGUUCCUGUGAGUGUGUCAGUGUAUGUAGGAGUGUGUGAGUUUCCCGUUUUGUUUGUGUGUGUGUGCCUUUUCCUGUGUGUAUGUGUAGUUUGUGCUUACAUGUUUGCUUGUGUGUAAGUAUGUGUGUAGCUGUUCCUUUGUGAUUGUGUGUAGUGCAGUUCUGGUUUUUUGUAAGAGUUUGUAUGCAUGUGUUUCUGUGUGUGAGCAUAUAAGAUCACUAUUGUAUAUUUGUGAGUGUGUUUGUGCUCCCGUGCCCAUCACCCUUUCCCUCCCGCAUCUGUGUUACCUGCACCUUGGUGCAAGAGAGUGUAGAGGCCAGUAGCCAGCCCGGCUGCUGUUCUUAAGACAGUAUUUGAGAUGCCUGCGAAUGAGCCCACAGGGAACGACAGCUUCAGUGAAAGGACAUCUAGUGGUUCCCGUAGCAGCUGCAGCAUCCAGGACACAUGGAACUACAGUGGAGGUACCACUAGUAGUGAUAAAAUGCCUGCACAUAUUGAAGAGGAGUUACCACCUCCCAGCCCUCAGCCCAGUAACCCUGAGGACAGAGAGUUGUACUCCCAAUAUAAAGUUGUAAGAACUCUCGGGCAUGGGACUUAUGCCAAGGUCCUCCUGGCCCAGCACCGGCUCACAGGCACACCCGUGGCCGUCAAAGUUCUUCUAAAGAACAAGCCCUGUUUCCAGCCAGCCAUGAAGGAGGCCAAUAUAAUGAAAAAGAUCAAACACCCCAAUAUUGUCUCACUUCUCCAAGUGAUUGAGACCAAAACAAGAGGAUACCUCAUCAUGGAACUGGUUGAAGGCCAAGAACUUUAUGAAUACAUCAAAAAUUCUGGCCACAUAGAGGAGGAUGAAGCCCGACAAAUAUUUUUACAAAUACUGUCAGCAGUGGGCUACUGCCAUGGAAGUGGUAUAGUGCAUAGGGACUUAAAACCUGACAAUAUCAUGAUAGAUAGCAAAGGGAGCAUCAAAAUAAUCGACUUUGGGCUUAGUACCCAAGUCAAACCAGGACAGCUCUUGCAUGAGCACUGUGGUGCCUACGCUUUUGGUGCCCCUGAAUUAUUCCUCUGGAAAAGUUACGAUGGCACAAAAAGUGACCUAUGGGCAUUAGGAGUGAUAUUGUACUACAUGGUUGUUGGAAAUGUCCCAUUUGACUCGUUCAUCAUACCUGAACUACAAAUGCAGAUACUGGCAGGUGUAUACCCUGCCCCCUGUGGAGUGUCCAAUGAGCUGAAGGACCUGUUGAGCCUCCUAAUGACAGUAAACCCCAAAUAUAGGCCGACAGUCACAGAAGUGAUGAAGCAUCCCUGGCUCAAAGGCUACUGCAAAGGGUUAACAAAUAUUCAUGAGGAACCGGUCCCUGUCAGACCAGAUCCUGACAUUGUAGAUGCGAUGCAGUAUAUUGGGUUCCAAGCAAAAGAUAUUAGAGAGUCACUCAGUAAAGAAAAAUUUAAUGAAAUGUCGGCUGCAUAUUAUUUACUAGAAGAGCAGGCUCUCCAGAGGGAAGUCCGCUCAACCCAGGCUCCAACAGUGAGUCAAGUUAAGGCCCCAUUCCCUUCCAUGGAUGCUGGUGCUACUUCAUGUUUAAAAAUUAAGAGGAGUGGAAGUGCUCCCAUCCUUGGCAGAUCGGUCUGGCCAUCCUCCAUUGGUCAAGUGCCAGCCUAUGGCCAGAAGGUUAGGCAAAGAGCAGGCAGAAGAUCCACUGGGCAUGGUCUUGUCUUCCGGCCAAACCAGAUGACACCCACACAGGACCAACACCACAUACGUGCCAUGAGUGUCCCCUGCAUGCUUUCAACAAGCAGCAUAAGUGAAGAGAGCGUCAGUGAGAAGAGAGAAGAGAAUCUCUCCAACAGUGCCCCAGCAGAGGAUAAGCCCAUCCGCAGCAGGGGCUGGCGCAGAGGCAUCAUGCGAUGGACAAGGAGGGUGGGUAAUGCCAUCAGGACGCUGUGUUGCUGCAUUCCAUCAAGAAAAACACCUCGGCUGGGGCAGAGGAGAGUCUCUCCCCAGAAAUGAGGCACAGAGAGAAAUUCCAGAGACACAGCAGCAGGCAGGGCCCAG